UGUGAUAUCAAAGAUUGCUUCCAUAAGCACUUUUUCACUUGCAAGAAAUUUCAGAAAAUAUACAUAAGAGAAAGCGUUGCAACGGUGAUCCUUACUGGAAAAAUGAGUGAACAGAAUUUAAACACUAUCUUAAAUCGUUUUACUGCUAAUAUUGUUCAGCUUCGUCAACAAAGGAAAAUAGAAGCCCUAAACUGUUGGGAGCCUAUCGUGAAAGAAAUCUUAGAAUAUGUGAAAACGAAUGAUGACCGAUUCAGUGCUCUUCAAAUCUUACCCACAGGAAGCUAUUAUGAAAGGGCCAAAGUAAAAGAGCCCGAUGAAUUCGACCUGAUGUUAAUCAUGGAUAAUUUAGAACUGGAUGACGCACCAUUUGAAGAAGACGAUGGCUUCAGCGAGCCACCAAUCGGAUUUACCACUGUAAUGAUUGACGAGGGCGAAGAAUGGCUUUGGAAGAGAGACAGCUGUGUGAACCAUAGAGGAAUGCUGAAUGCCUCACAGGUUAAAGCAGUUUUUAAAAGGCUUGUGGAUAAAGCCAUCAGGGAAAAAAAGCAUUUAAGGAAUGUUGCUGUUAAGUCUGAAGGCCCAGCAGUGACCUUGAAAAUAACUAGCACAAAUAGAAUAGAAUAUUCUAUUGAUUUGACACUUGCCAUCAAGGAGAAAACCUGGCCAGAAGAAGCUGAAGAAUGGAAAACAAGGCCCAGAACUGGUUGGCCCAAUAACAAUCUUGUGAGAGAAAUUUGCAGAGAGGGAUGUCAUCUGGUAGGUAAGCAACCAAAGGGUCACAACAUUGCUUACAAAGAGAAAGGAUUCCUGUGGCGUUAUUCCUUCUCAGCGGCUGAAAAGAGGCUAUUCCUUCAAGGAGGGCAACAUGAAGCCAACUCUUGCCGAAAGAAAGUUCUCCGAAUAGUGAAGGCUCUUCGAGAAGAACUUAACCUGAAGCCAUUGAAGUCAUAUCAUCUAAAAACACUCUUACUCUAUGAGUGCGAGUCCCACCCUAAUGCCUCAGAGUGGAGAGAUACCUUGGAUGUUCGAUUCAUGGGCCUCCUUAAGAGGUUGGAAAAGUGUCUACGCUCAAAGAGUUGUGCCCAUUAUUUUAUUGAAGGUUUAAAUUUGUUUGAAUCAUUCAACCACCAAGAAUGCCAGGAAUUGGCUAAUAGAGUGAGGGAAAUUAUAAGCAAACCAGUGCAAGUGCUAACCAAACUCCUUGGGAAAUACCAAAUGGCAUGAAAUGAAACUAAACAAGCUACACUCAUUGACUGCUUGUCUAAAACAUUUUCAUAAUGGGUCAAUUUAGAAUCAUUAUGUGCGAUCACCUUAUGUACAACUGCACCACUGAUUAUUGUUGGUUCAAAACAAAAAAACAAUGAUAACUUCUUUAAGGAUAGAUAGUCCUAGACACAUCUUGCAGCAAGUUUUUUAACACUGCUACAUAUUCUAUCAACAAAGAUUUGAAUUAAUUAAAGUUGCAUAAUAUUUAAUAUA